GGCAGCGGCACCAUGGCCCAGGUCGUGUGGGGCUACGAUAGCGACAACGGACCCGAGCGCUGGCAUGAAAACUACCCCCUGGCCAAGGGAGACAAGCAGUCGCCCAUUGAGAUCAACAGCAAAGACGUGAGGCACGACAGUUCUCUCUCCUCUUGGCAUGCCAGUUACGAUCCCGGGGCAGCGAAAACCAUCCUGAACAACGGGCGCACCUGCCGAGUCGUUUUUGAUGACACUUUCGAUCGAUCAGUGCUGAGAGGCGGGCCGCUCACGGGAGCCUACAGGCUGCGUCAGCUUCACCUGCACUGGGGUUCCUCUGAUGACCAUGGCUCUGAACAUGUUAUAGAUGGGGUGAAAUAUGCAGCAGAGUUACAUAUGGUGCACUGGAAUCCAAAACAUGGUAAUUUUGCUGGAGCUUUGAAACAACCUGAUGGUGUGGCUGUUGUGGGCAUUUUUCUGAAAGUUGGAAAAACUCCCAAACCAGAGAUGAAGAGAAUUCUUGAAGAAAUUGAUAACAUUAAGACCAAGGGGAAAGAGGCUCCUUUUCAGCACUUUGAUCCCUCAAUUCUUUUCCCCAAAUCUCGGGACUACUGGACAUACCAUGGUUCGUUCACCACACCGCCCUGUGAGGAGUGUAUCACUUGGAUUCUCUUGAGGGAGCCAAUUGAAGUCAGCGCAGACCAGAUGGCAAAGCUCCGUAGCCUUUCCAAGAAUCCUGAGAACGAACCUGUGAAUCCACUAGUUGAUAACUGGCGCCCACCCCAGCCUGUGAAGGGCAGGAUAGUGAGAGCCUCAUUCAAGUGAAGGAAAUCUCAAGGCUCACUCUGCUCAACCUGAGUGAGAAAAUCCCUUCAUCCCAAAGUGUAGUUAGUUUUUGCUGUCUACUGCUUUUCCUCUGGAUCCAGAUCUGUGUUUCUCAGCUUGAAAUUCUUAGUGGUAAAACUGAAUCUCAUUUUGAAAGCAGAAAAAAUACUGUAUGCAAAUACUAACCUUAAUAAGGAAAUGCAAGAUAUACGUGAUUCUUGACCAUAAAUGCUGAGGCAUUUGUGAUAGUGUCACUUCUCUGCCAUGUGGUCUUGGAAGAACAAUGGGCUCAGAUUCAAUAUUUAAAAUUAAUUUAAAAGGAAAUGUAGUAAAGGCAGAAAAAUGAACCAGUGGUUCAGGAAAGCAGAAGUAACAGUGGGUGAACAGGAGGUGGAAUGCUUGCUCCUACACCAUCUGCAGUAGCGAUCUUCCUCAGAUAUCCCACCUCUAGUGCAAACAUCCAAAGGAUAUUUCCUCUUGAACAUACCAGAUUUUUCCUUCCCUCUUUUGUUUGUAGUUUGUUAUCCGAGAUUACAUUAGUAUUCUGAGGAUACAAUCAGGCAUAUUCAGUAUCUGUGUGUGAAGAAGACAAGAUACCUUGUUGUCAUUUCAGCAUUUACUGGUUUUGCCAUGUCCUCCUGCUGCCCAUUGGUUUCUUCUUUCACUGCUGCUGUUACUUCACUCAUCCAGCUGUAGAGUGCUGCUGGUGUCAUAGUGCCUUGUAUAGCACCUUUAGUAUUGCUGAGGGGAAAGUAGCUUUCUUCUGCUGCUCUAUGUUACCUCCCAGGAUGAUGGAUUUUUAGUUUUGAUGCUGUACCUGUUUAUUUUUUCAUUUUUGACAUCUUGGGAUGCAUAUUAAUGAUUUAACCUAUUAGGGAUUUUGUUGCGUAUGGAAAGGGUUUUUGUGGAUGACUCACAUGUUUCAUCUGUCUUCCCCACUACUGAAAAGUCCAGGUUAACUCACCUCAGUGUUUGUUCAUUGUGACUCUGUGGUUAGAGACUCAUAAAUGGAGUCUGUUUAGCUCUGUUACUUUCUGGGGAGACACAUCAGCUCAUAUGUACGAUCUGAACAAGGAAUCACUGGCAGACAGAAACUUCUAAAUCAUCUUCCCCUGUCCUUCAUCAUGUGAAAUCUAUCACUGCAGCAUGCUUCCUUAAGAGCAUAACACAAGUACCAUAUAGGUUGAACCCAUGUGCAGACGAUGUGAGUAAAGAUCUGCUGCAUUGUAUCAGGGUGAGUAUUUGGUAUUACACAUACAGGGGAUUGGGUGGCCAAAGCUGGUGCAUAAAGCCUCCUGCAAAUGAAGCUUUGGGAUUCUCUGUGUUCCUCUAACUAACUCAUCAGGAGGUAGCAGAAGGAAUGGAGAUGUUGCCACAAACAUGUUCACAGCAACAUUUAUAAGGGAUAUGUCAAAGUCUGAAAAAAGCAGGGUUACAAAUGACUAAGUAGGCGUUUUCUAGUUCUCCUUCAAUAUUGCACUUUGCACCUUUACUAGAAAAAUGGUGCUCCCACAGGGAAGUAAUGAAUGGGUAACAUUGGAGAAAUUUUGUGGUUAUUGCCAGCACAAUUCAGUGAGAAUUCAGGAAUGAAACUGAGAGCAGAGUUUGACCCUUUGUAUUCUUGUAGACAUGUUCAAAGAAUUGCUUAAUUCCCACUGAGAAAUAUUUCAGUUCAUUAGAAGUGCAUUUUACUCAGUAUAAAGCAGUUUCAUUUUAAAAACCAAGUUCAUGUCAUCAGAAACUAAAGUAUUGAUUGAAUCUUUUCUACAAAUAUUUUGGCAUUGGCUUAAUGUUAUCAUAAGAUCAGCUUUUGAUAUUACAAGUGUACCACUUGCAACAGUAUUGAUUUUAAAAGUCUCUUAGAUCUUCUUUAAAUAUCCAAAUCUGUACAUGUUCUCAACACCUAAGACUAUUUCUACAGAAAGCUCUUAAGCAACAGUUUUUCUACUGUACUAUGUCUUCCAUGUAAAAUUUCUUCUUAUACCCAUAUGCAAUUGAUCUUGGUAUUAAGAAAAUUUCAGCACAGAUAACUGAGACAAGAGUUUGAGUCUUCCUACCCAACAGCCAUUGGCUGUGAUGUUUUAAUCUCUUGUUAUUGGGGCAAUUUAAAGUUGCCUGCACUUGAAAUAACAGCUUCUGUGUCUUCAGAGAAUCAAUAAAUUGACUUACAUAAAAGAUUUAUUUUUGGGUUUAUUUCUAAUGCCAAGUGAUGAUUGAAAGUAACAAGAACUUACUAGAAAAUUCUUUUAUACAUAUGCUUGUAAUACAAGAGUAGACAGGCACACUAGUAAUCGCCUUUUACCUGUUGCAGUUUAGUUUAAUAUCACAUCCUGGUUUCUGUGUAUCCAAUCUAACAGAGCCUCAAAAAUAUGAGACAUCAAAACAGUAUCACUUUUUGUCUCUUUUCAGGUACAAAAAAAGUGUUUAUUUCUUGCCUGAACACAAACAUUCUCUUACAUCUUCCCCAAAUCAUACAUUCAUGUCUCAUCAUGAGUAUCACUCCCUUGUAUAUGAAUUUCUGUCUUCUGCAAGAAGCACAUGGAUCAGUUAGCUGAAGUGUUGCAUCAUUCUGAUUAAUAUAUACUUUUUAAGCACACAAAAUAAACUUGUUAAAGUGAAAUGAUGUCUUAUUUGCCCACAAAAUCAGAUACUUAGUGCACUUUGCUUGAUUUGCAUGUUUUCUCUGCUGCUUUUUAAAGGCAGAAUAGGCAGAAGUUUAUCAACUGCUGACAUAGUGGUUUUGGUUCCAGCAGGAAACACAUGCUUUGUAUGUUGGCACAAAAGAAAACACAGUCUGAAAUGUGUAUUAUUCCCUCA